AUGCUUGCAGAAUACAAAAAAGAAAUCAUGGAUGACUUCGUAGAGAAGCUGAACGAGCUGUACAACACGUACAUCGCCCCAUACGCCACCAAGAGCGAGACAUUUGUGGCAUCCAGCAACAUAGAGAACAACACUAACAUUGGAGAUGCAUUUGAUAGGACAGUGAGUUACCCAAAUCUGCUGGAGAGCGCAGACAGCUACGCACAGGCCGAGAUGCAACGGCUUGUCACAAACAACGAGAUGAUCCGCCCAACCAGGGCCAGGAUACCACGUAAUGUCGAAUUGUACGCCAAAAAGAGGAAACUUGAAUUUGAUGCAAUAAAAACAAAGAAGCUUAAAGAGAAUGAUGGCAUAAAAUAUUAUGAAAAUGAAGAGAGGUUUGAGAGACUGAUGGACCGACUUGAGAGACUUGAAGAGGAGAACAGGAAGCUGUGUGACCUGAUUAAGCAGAAUGAGACCGAAAAGAAGGAGCGGAUGAGAGAGGAAAUGAAAACAAUAGCAAAGAACGUGGUUCAUAAGAGCUUCAUUGCAAUAAAAGAGCAGCAGAAGUUGAGAUUAAAGGAGACAAACAAGGUGCCUGAUGUAGUUCAGCCUGUUGUUGAAAUCAAGAAGCAGCCAGUUGCACCAGAAAUCAAAGAGAAUAUUGAAAACAUUCAGGUGCUUCAAGAAAAGAAGCAAAUCAAGGCCCCACAAUAUUUCAAGGCCAAUAAAAACGUGAUAAAUUUGGUUGAGAAACAGCAACCUGUCAGAAAGGAGCAGCCUGCUGUUCGUAAGCCAUCAUUGAACAUAGACAAAAUGAAGCCAAUUGAUUUGUACAAGAAGUCGAUUGACGCGAGUGUUGUGAAUGUCGAUAGCAUCGACACCGAUGCACUCAAUUACGAACCUAAGACGGCCAUCAGGAAGUUUGCGAAUGAGAAUGAGCUCGAUAAGCAGGCGGUGACAGCCAAGUUUGCACGAAGCAGAAACCUGAAUGAGUUUGUCAAGACGCAGGACCCAACCAAAAUCAGAAGGCAUUUUGGAAACCAAAGUGGAAUCAACGUAAAGGGCCUCUUCAGAAACAAAAUCGCGGACAUUAGCAACAACAGCCCAAACAGGUUUGUCAGAAAGUAG